GACAACCGAAUGUAAUGGAAGAAAGUCUUUGAGCUGGCUCACGAAAUAGGCCGUGCACACUAUGAAAUCAAUUUCCUUGGUUUAUAAAUCUGGUUAGACCAGGAGGACUCGGCGGAUCUCAAAUCUACCUGCGUACCAUUAUUCUAUCAUCCCUCUCUUUGAAUGUAUAAGUAAUUGGAAAAGGAAUUGUGUAAAGAACCCGGAAUUAGGUUUAGGUUUGCAAGCAUCCAGAUUUUCCGGCCGUAUAAAAGAAAUAUGGCACAUAUUUAACAUCCUUUCGCGAGUGGUUACCGAUGUUGACCUAAUUCUCCUUGAGCUCAGUUAAUUGAAACGGUUUACAUACGCAAGAAAGUAUAAUAGACCUCCGUGAUCAAAUUAUGGAGCGAGGUAUAAUAACAUUAUAGAGCUUUCAGAGUGAUAACAUGUCACCCAUUUCCAGCGGUGGCUAGUCGGCGUAUUUUACCAUACACCUGAUUUAAUUUAGUCGAAGUUCAUCCACAUUUAGGUUAGAAAGGACGGCUUUUCGUUAGCGACGAAAUGUCUACAUCCAUACUUCAUCCAUCCAGUAGGAAACUUUAUUGCUUAGGGAAAGUAAGGAAAGUGAAAGUCCAGUGAAAAAUCACUGCAGUGAUGGUUGAUGGAUAAAAAAAUCAAAGGCUUUGGGGAUCUUAAGACCAUGGCUUUUUAAAGGAAUAUUGUGUAAUGUUAAUGUUAAUGUAAGUAGACUUGACGGCUGAUUGUGGACGAGUUCUGUUGUGAGAUUUCUCCAACGGUUGUCUGCUCCAUGCUCUUUAUUCAGUCUUUUGGAGGGGAAAUGAAGGAGAAAGCAAUUUAAUGAAGUGCUCGAUCUCGAUGAUCUACCUCGUCCAUUAUUACGCUGCUGCUGCUGCUGCUGGAUGGAACUAUAGCUUCUCGUUAUUGAGAUGAACAAAUGGUGGUGUGCUGGUGAGAAAAGGAAAUUCCUUUUAUUGAAUUCCUGACUUUACCAGAAAGAAAUUCCAUGCUUUUCACCCUCUCGCCUCUUUCUUCGAUGGGCUCUAUGUCCGCAUAUGUAUAGGAAUUUAAGAUAUUAGCAGACCAUGGAAUGCGGAGAAACCUGGAUUUGUACGUGAAGGGCAUUUUAAAACGUUUAAAAGAGUGGUUCGAAAAAGACGACGACGGGAAGAACCACGACCAACCAAGGGAGACCAGGACCAGGGCGAAAAAGCCAGGCACCCGGAAAUCCUGAGAAUGGAAGAAGCAACGUUUCAUCUCCAACGAGCCCAGCCUCCAUCGUGAACGAGAAUGAUAUGAGCCAACUCGUUCAGCAGAUGGACAUGGAUGAGGAAACUGAGCGAAAGAGUAGUAUUGCCCAUGCAAGCUACAAUUACAUCAACUCAAUCCUGGGCAGUGGUGUGAUUGGAAUGCCAUACGCGCUACACCAAGCUGGAUUAUUUGCAGGACUGGGUCUAAUGGCAUUAGUGGCAGUGAUUACCGAUUAUUCGUUGUUGAUAAUGGUCAGAGCCGGACAUCUGGCAGGAUCAUUUACGUAUCAGGGAAUGAUGGAAUCUGCAUUUGGGAGACCUGGCUUCUACAUUCUUUCCGUAAUUCAGUUCAUGUAUCCAGUCAUAGCAAUGAUUAGUUAUAACAUAAUUGUGGGAGACACCUUGACAAAAGUGUUAAUUUAUUUCUCCUCGGCCAAGGAAGAAAAUACGGAUGAACUUGAGUUUCAAAGAGAGAGUGUGGUGCUAUUAGCCACGCUUUUUUGCACGCUUCCACUCUCAUUGUACCGAAAUGUUGCUAACUUAUCCAAGGUUUCUUUUCUCUCGCUGGUGUCCAUCGCUAUUAUUCUUCUCGCGAUCAUUGUGAGACUUGGAACCAUGCACAUACCUCCAACUCCAGAUGCAUGGUCAUUCAUAAAACCUGGGGGAGUGAUUUCAGCAAUCGGAGUUUUUGCAUUUGCAUUCAUGUGUCACCACAACACGUUUAUGCUUUAUGGAUCGCUUAAAAAUUCUACGGAAGCAAAAUGGGGAACAGUGACUCAUAUCUCUGUUGGAUCCUCAUUCCUGGUAAGCGUGGUCUUCAGCAUGGUUGGUUACGCCACUUUCACCGGACAAGUUCAAGGUGACCUUUUGGAGAACUAUUGUUGGAACGAUGACUUGAUCAACUUGGCUCGGACUUUGUUCUGCCUCACCAUUUUACUCACAUUUCCUUUGGAAUGCUUCGUGGCGAGAGAUGUCAUUGAAAAUGUAUUCUUUUCUGGAAAACAACCCCCAACCGCAACUCGACACUUUGGCAUCACUCUAUUGAUCGUGCUAUUGUGCUAUGUAAUUUCAAUAUCCACGGACUGCUUGGGAGUCGUGUUGGAACUGAAUGGAAUACUGGCUGCAAUGCCAUUGGCAUAUAUUUUACCUGCUCUUUGCUACAUCCGUUUGGACCCAUCUCCUUUCCUCAGCAAGCACAAGUUACCAGCGAUUGCCACUGCAAUAUUUGGAACUUUAGUUUCUAUAACAGGACUCAUAAUACUCCUUGUCAACGGACCGUCGACCGAGCAUUGCAGCCACGGUCAGCAAAUGGCAUACUGCACAAAAGGUCCCAGUCUCAAUUCAAGCAUACAGGCAGCAGCUUUGACAGGAGUUCGUUCUUCAAUGUUAGAGUCACUACCAAGUCCAAUUCAAUGACCAAUUAUUAUACAUGAAGCAACUAUUGUUACCAAAAAGUACCCGCUUACACUCUAAGUAGAAUAAAUAAAUAAAACACGUCAUAAUAAUCAA